UUCAUAGUCAAUGUUGCAAAGUCAGCAGAAAUUUAACAAAAGCAGAUCUUUAAAUUUUUUUCAACGAGGGUAUUGUAAAUAACGCAAUAAAAUGGCCAAAAGCGGCAAUAAAAACACGACAAAAGCUAAGAAAGAUAAAGUACAAGUAAAAUCUGGCACAGGAGCGAUCAUGAAAGCGAAAGAUAAACGAAAAAAAACGGCUGCUUUGAAAAAGGUCGGGCUUGGACUCAACACGUGUUGUUUGAAUAUUUAGUUGAGAUUGAGUUUUGUACUUUUUUGUACAAAUUAGAUUAACUCUUCAAGUGGCAUUGCGCCCUAAUUUGCCCAUUUGUUCUGUCUAACGCCAGAUGAUUUUACUCGUCAAGGGAGAGUGCUGGCACUCACUGGGUUAAUAUUCUCUGGGAUACCUGCCAAAUAUUGACUACCAAUGAUCAACCAUCUGUUGCAUGAUGGUUCUUAGCGAAACCCAUGUUGUCACCUAUUGGUCAGUCAAUUAGGUAAACAUAAUUGGCCAAAUAGUCAAUCAGAAUGCAACCUGUCAAAUGAUGCUGACAAACUAGAAAGCCUCUUAUUCAUCUUCUGAUGCAAAGGGAUUUGACUUAACAUGUGGGUGUUUGUUGCAGGUUACAGGUUAAGGCGAAUGUUAGAAGGGGCACUGUCCAGUCAUGGGAUCAGCAAGGGCGCCCCCCCCCCCCCCCUCCCGCAUUGGAUAAACAGUAUGAGGGCAGCAAGUUUCCUUUUUUACCAGAACUACACUCUGAAAGUUGUGUGUUAUUUGUAUGAAUUGAAACUACGGCUCAAAUUCGAAUCUGAAAUUCCUUUCAGAAAUGUAAAAUGGUUGCUCUUACCACUUUGUGUUAGUUCUGGAUCCUCCUGAAUGUUAGGGUAAUAUUACGAGAUUACACAACCAGUUUCCAAGUCAUUUGUUAAUGACAUCACCCACUACAAGUAUACAAACACCAUGCAGUGAGGUUGUCAACCCUAAUGCAAAACACAGCAUUGAAGUAUGUUGUUUUAAAUUUUUUUAUCUUUUAGGUCAAAGAAAAGUUGGGGCAAGAAAUUCAAAAUGCAAAUGCUGAGUUUUCUGAACUGCAAUCAAAGAUGAUCUCUGAAAAAGAAAAUAAGACAAUUGAAAAUGAAAAAUCAAAAGAAACAGAAUUUUCAAAGGUCUGCACACAUUUGCUGGGUUUUGUUGUAAUCACAGAUCAGAUAUCAACUGGUAUCACCAUUGGAUGUCUUAGUUUUAGCCAUGGCAACUGGUCAUGCUGUGCCCCCCCCCCACUCACCCACAAUCUAAACGGUAUGCCUCUUACUAAAAUAAAGUAACACAACUUGCCACUGGAAUGAGUAAUAUCCAGUAAAAAUUAUAUUUUGUUAAUUUUAUAGGUAUCAAUUCCACCGCCAACUGUAUCACAGGAGAAACAAGUAGAAGAGACUACAAAUGUUCUAGCAAAUUUAUAAAUUGUUAAUAAAUUGAAAAUUAACAGGAAUACAAGAAUCAUCCUGUUGUUGUAUGGACCACAAAAAUAGCAUAAUUAAUAUAUUGCGUGGUAACAAGUAAUUUUAUUUAUAUUUAUAUUUGUAACAUACCUAAAUAUUUUUCUUGCUGUAAAGUGAAAAACACUAUGCGACUAACAAUUUGACACUAUCGAAAAACAAUGUAUUUUGAUCAGUUAAUGUGUGCAUAGACAAAACAUUAUAAAUAUUUAGUAUCGGUAGAUUAUAUUAACUGCAAAUGUAAUUUAUUAUCAUUGACAUUGUACAGUAUAAAUGUUCAUAUGUAUUUGUAUAGC